CCGUAAUUUACCACUGCUCGAUUCGGCAAUGCUCUUGGCCGUUGGUUGGACUUCGCCAGAUGAGGAACUAGACUGGGCUUGGAUAAUUCUCCAAUAGUUUUGCAAGAUCUCGCCCGCGAUAAAUCAUUUGCUGUGUAUUUGAAUUUUUCAGUUAUGGAAAACAACACAGAAAACGAUGGAACUACAAAUGCAGACACAGAGCAAGAAAAGCCAUUCAUCAAUUAUGAUGUUGAUGUUUUAGAUGCAUCAAAAGAUGGAGAGGCUGUUACAUUCACAAUCCAGACCAAAACCAAGGAAGAAGAUGAUUCAGAGAAAGGCGUUGUUGUACUGCGACAAUAUGAGGAUUUUGAAUACCUCAGUCAUUGUCUUGCUGCACACAAUGAUAUUUUGUCAGUUGUGGUGCCAGUUUUGCCACCCAAGCCAGUUAUUACACCAUCAGGUGCAGAGGCAAAAACGAAAAAGCAGUUAGGGAAAGAGUCAAAAACGAUGAUUGGGGAUGAUUUCACAAAAGAUUGCAAAGCUUUGCAAAAGUACUUGCAACUGGUAAUUGCAGAAAAGAAGUUAAAUGGGGAUGAAACAUUAAAAGAGUUUCUAACCAAAGAUAAGGCACCAGUGAGAGCGAAUGUAAAGAAAGGAUUAUUUACAUCUUUGAAAGGUGCGCUGGAUGAUGCGCGUUUUCAUAACCAUAAAGACAUUGAUGAUGAAUUUCAAAGCAUAAGAACGACAGCUGAUCAUUUGGCGUUUGCUACCAAAAACUGCAACGAGUGCUACAAAAAGACGAACCUUGCAGAACAGCGCUUUGCACAUCAAAUUUCCAAUUUCACGUCAGUUUUACGUUCGACAGCCGCACAAGACGAAACUGAAAAUGACCUGAGCACGCACAUGGUAAAAUUUGCUGGCUACAUUGACGAGUACAAGAAAUCAUUGGAUAAGACAACCGAGAUUCAGGAGGAUACCUUUGGGUUUACGCUUGACCUUUAUUCACGAUAUCUUGAUUCUGCAAAGGAAACAUUGUUAAGACGAACUUGCAAAUUGGUUGAAUUUGAAAAUGCCAGCAAAGCAUUGGAUAAAGCAAAACCAAAGAAUCUAGAACAGCUCCAGAUAGCGAAAAAUGAAGCUGAAAAGGUAUAUGAGGAGACAACAGAACAUACCAGAGAUGAGAUAAAGAAGUUUCACAAUGAACGAGUGUUAGCAUUCAAAGAUGCAAUGAGUAGUUUAGCAGAGCGGCAAAUUGAAAAUUCUACCAAAAUGCGUGAUUUUCUUUCACAAGCAAUUAGUGAGCUUCAAGAUCUCUAGAUGCUGGAUAUGUUUCGUAUACUCUAGAAAUUUUCUAUCUUGAUGUUUACAUUCUGAGAUGAAUGCUCAUCAGAACAGCUAAUAAUGGAAUCAUGAUCAUCCAAAUAAUCAAAUAUCAACGCCAAAUAUCAAGUCUAAUUCAUAAUGAUGUUAAUAUUUGGACAUUAUUCUAGCAUUAUUGAAAAUCAUAUAAUUGAUAAUAAACUUUUGAACAUUCCUUUUUAACAUUGUAGAUGUUUUCAGUUAAUCUGCAGGGAAUCUCUCAUGAAUCAUUGAGCAAAGCAUAGAGGAGAAUGCUAUGUUGCAUGAAUCAUGAGAUGCUAUGUUGCAUAAUGUAAUUCUGUGUCAAAGCUUAGCUCCUUGAAUGUAAUGCUAAACAACAAGCUUUUUGCAGCUUCAUGUAGUAGUGCUUAACACGUUUUUGAUGUUAUGUUUAGGUAUGUGCAAACAUAGGAAAUUGUGGGUCUUUCAAAGUGCAUGAUUCUUACUGGGAUUUAAUGCUUGUUUUUAAAGGACAGGAACUUUUUUUAUUCAAGCUUUAAUCCCUAGAGUUUGAUAUCUCUGUUUAUUUCAACUAACAGUUCAUAAGCCACAUUAAGUGACUUGGCUUUGAGAGUAGCUAUGCUGGUACUAGAUUGUGAUGUUCCCAAUUUUUCAGUAAAAAUGUUUUUGAUUGAAACUUGGAAACAAGUAUUUGUAUUAACACCAUCUUGGAUUUAAAGUAUUAGUACAUCAAGUAAAACUACAAAAAAACUGUACUGAAUCUUUCAUUGUGAUCAAGCUCUGCUGGAGAGAUCCACAAUCCAUCAAAUGUUGCCUUACAAGAGCUUGGACUAUAGAUUCAUAAAUGUUCAGUUGCAAGCAGCCUUUUUUCUAUUAUUGUUAACUUAAUGAUUAGAAUAAGCCAGGCUUUAAUAUAAAAGCAGGAGUAUUUUGCUGUUUCUCAUCUCACUGAUAAUAGUUUGAGGGUUGCUCUCAAAAGAUGAGCACCCUUAGCUGAUGUUUAAACAGUGGGUUGUAGUUAGGAAUUUGAAUCUGUUAAUCAUAAUAUAUGCUAAAAAUUUUCAGAAAAUAAUUAUAAUUAGGUCAUUUUUGCAUCUUCAGGAUACAAUUAAUACUGUAAAUCCUUGAAUUGCCCUCCUCAAAAAAGCCCCCUCCCCUCGAAUAAGCCCCCACCCUAAAACUACAAAUUGUCAAUAAGCCCCCCCUCAAUAAGCCUCUACUGCUACUGUAAAUUCUCGAUUGGACCCCUCCAUUUGAUGGUUGUUGCCAUCUGAGGUUGCCUAUGGCAUUUUAUUGAAUUACCACAACAAAUUCAUACUUUUGGUAGUAAUUAAUUAAAUGCUCAUAAAGAAAUUUCUACUAAAAAAGGAGGUCUUUUAAUAAUGUCUUCUUAAUGUCUACAAUAAUUUUAUAAGUCCCCCCUCGUAUAAGCCCUCCUCCUCAGAUAGCCCCAUCCAAAAAUAUAAAAAAAAGAAUAAGCCCCCAGGGGGCUAAUUUGAGGAUUUACUAUAAGCUCUUCAAUCAAUAUAGUUUUGAAAGUUUGUUUUCCUUUGUUCAAAUGUAUUUAGUGGACAGUUUGAUUCACAGUUAUCUAAACUAGUUUAUUUUUCCCCAGCUUGUAAGAUUAAUUUUUAAAUGCAUAAAGAAUAUUUUAUUUCAUUUUCCAGUUGAGCCAUAAAUAAGAAAAAUAAAGUUGGUUUUUUAUGACUUCUUCUUUUCUUUCCCUAUAAUUCUGUUGAAAAAUAUCUACAAGCUAAACAAUAUACAAUGCAAUUUCUAAUAAAAGAUAUUUGACAAAAUUUAUUUCAAUUUGACAAAAUUCCUUUUAUGUUCUGCCAACAGAUGUUUAUACUGACUUUUGAUGUUGUGUUUGCAAUGUACGACACAUCAGUCAUCUUCUUUAUUCUUUAUCAUAUCUUUCUUUUUUGUUUCUUUUGUUCUUUUAAUGAUAUCUUUAGCUGUAUUAAAAACUCCAGCGGUUUGUUCACCACAUACAAAGCACCUUGAACUCUUCUUGAAAUGCUGCAAUGCACAUUUUUCACAGAAAUAGUGUUUACAUUUUGUAACAAUCGGGUCCUUAAAGCUUUCCCUACAAAUCAGACAAGCAAAAGGAAGUUCUUCGUCAUCACUAUCGAUUUCAUAAGCAUGAGGAUCAUUUGUGUUGUAUUCACCAGACUGAUACUCUCUUUCUAGCUGCCAUCCAUGUUUGUAAUCCGAACGAUCAUGCAAGAAUUUACAGCUGUCUCCAAAACCACAAUAGCCAGUCUCUUUAUAGUCUUUACAGAUAUCAGGCUGGUAGUCCCAUCUAACAGUUGAUCUAAUAUUUAGUGGUGCUCUAAUUGGUCCUUGCCUUGAAUAAAGAUAUAUCAAUUUAGCAACUAAGGUUAGGAUUCACAUUAAAAACACAGAGAAAAUAAUUCUGUCUAUCACUAUCUUGGAGAUUAAACAGAGUCUAUUUCUAAAAAAUCUUGACAGAAAUUAUCAUAUCAUUGUAACCAUUCAAAUAUUUUUGCUUGAAUUCUUGAGAUUAUUGAAACAGUCAGUGGCUUUUUGGCAUAUAUUCAGAAGUGAAAUAAUAAAAUCUAUUGCAAUAGACUUUUAGACCCAGUGUGGAAUGUAGCUUACAACAGAGAUACCCAGCUUUGAUUUAUUGUUGGAAUUACGAUGAUGAUAUUUACAUUGCACCGUUUCAUUUACACUGUCCCAGAAACAAUGGACACCUAUUUGUUUACUUGAUUGACAUGCUGUUGCAAACAGUAACACCUCUAUUGUUCAGCAGUAAAGUCUUCCUGUUGUUUUGUUUUAUAUAAAUUUAUCCAGUGAAAAGGUUUCGUUCAUUUAUUUUUCUUUCUUAAAAGAGCUUGCAGAAUUCUAACAUUUAAUUAUCCAUUGUAAUUUAUAAACGCUCAGAAGAAACGAUAUAUAUAAUUACAUCAAAAACAUGACUACCAACCUAACCAUCCCACUUGCAGCAUUUCCUUGAGCAGUAUCUCUUUUUUCAUAAUACUUUGCAUACCCAGAUUGACCUUUAUAUAACUUAUCAUCUUCUUCGCCUUUCUUUUCUUUAUUUACCUUGAGUUGUUUUUCAUAGACUGCCUGUGCAUCACGAUCAAACUGUGUUUCAAUUUCUAAAAAUGAUGUAGCACCCAUGUCGUCAGGGCCUUCUCGUUUACCUGUCCUUGAAGAAUCAUAAGUUACAGAAAUACUUUUUUUACUUCGCACGCUGUCGUUUCCGUUUUCUACAUUUUGGUCUUCUGAGUCACUGUCCCUGUUUGAAGAUGGCGCUUUUGCUUUAUCCGGAUUUAGGCCAACUUUUCCAGGAUAACUGCUAUUUCCAAGAACUUUAUAUUUUCUUCCCACUCGUUCAACCUUUUUGACAGCCGAAACAUCAUCUUCGUCGCUUUCCGAGCUUUCAUUCUUCCUUUUCCGAUUAACAAUGAUUUUCUUUCUCUUUUUGAAAGAGCUAAACCCUGUCUGUGGGCUUUCACUGUCGGCCAUAUUGAAAUGCCCUAAUUUUGCGCAAGCGCACUAUUAUACUCGGAUUAACAUGAAGUAGCGCUGCAAUUUUUGUUUUUCACUCUGUGUUGUGUGUUGUUAACAUGUUGUCUCGUCUAUUUUGUUAUAUAUUUUUGUUAUAAGUAUUUUAUUCCUUAUAUUAGUUUGAAUUUUUUCCCUUUAUUGUCUUGUUGUCUCUGUAUUUAUCUUUUGUAUUUAGUUUCAAUUUCUCAUUAGAUACACUUGUUCUUAUUUGAUUAGGCCACAAUUUAGGCCUAAGAUGAUGAGAAAAGUAUGGCGAACUUUGUGAUGAGCCAUCCAAAACAUGGGAAAUGAUGAGAAACUAUGUGUCUGAUCAUAUAUGAUUACAUGCAUUGCGAAACUCUGAUCCCUU